AUAUUGAUAUUCAUUUACAUACAUUUUAUCUAUAGUUGGGAAACUCAAAAUUAUGAACUAUUAUUGAAACAAUUUAUUAAUAUCAUUUUUAUCAGACAUUUUGUUCGUAUCUUUACUAUGAGUAGGUCAUUGCUAUUCAAAUUAUUUUCGCAUAGCCAGUAUGUUAGUAGUAUUAGCACAGAAUAAAUAAAUAAAUUUCAUUUAUUCUGUGGUAUUAGCAGGUACCCCAUUGUUUUAUUCUGUGGUAGGUAUCUACCUCUAUAGCUUUAUGUUUAUUCUUCUGUUCGAGUAAUUGAACUAUAUGCCUACUUACUAACAAUGACCGGAGCAUUGUUUAAUAUUUUAAUUCCCACUAAACAUCAUGAAAUCCAUCUUUCUCAAAAUAUUGCAUGUGAUUGUUCAAUAAAAACCAAAUCCAAUGUUAAUACAAACAAUAAACAAUCACUUGACCGUCCUAAAUAUAGUUUGUCAAUAACUAUGGAAAAAACAUUGGAAGCAAUUUUAUGUAGUUUGCAGAUUUCAAAUUCGGUAUGGAAUCAAAGCAGAGAUAAUAGAUGCUAUUCGGUAACCUUUUCAAUCGCUUCCAAUGAACACUGUGAACAUAUUUUGAAUUUAUUGAUGGAAAAUGGCAUUGGAGUAAAAUUAAAUUCAACAGUAGUAGUCUUACCAUGUUCAUUGUAUUAUCAAGAUACUGAAAUGUCUACUCCGUCAGUUUUUGAAACCAAUCAACAUAAAAAUUUGUAUGAAUCAUCUUGGAAAAAAUUUCUUCAGUCAGUUAGAUCUCGAUUAACCGUGGCACAAGUUGUUCAAGGUAUAGAAGCUGGUGCAAUGCUAACCUUUGAUUUUGUAAUUCUAUUAAUAAUAUCAGUAACGGUUGCUGCUCUUGGUCUGAUGCAAGGAGAAACCAUUAUAUUUGUCUCUAGCAUGCUUCUUUCUCCACUUAUGGGACCAGUUAAUGCUGCUACAUUUGGAACUAUGAUAAAAAAUAAAAAACUUAGAAACAUGGGGAUUAUUAACGAAAUGAUUGGUUUAAUUCUUUGCGUUUUAAUUGGUUUUGGAUAUGGUUUAACUGCUUCUUAUUUUGAUGAAAGAGAUUCUAGUCAAUGGAUAACUAAUGAAAUGGCCUUUAUGACAGAUAUUGGUAGUUUGUGGAUUAGUAUUGUACUUGCGUUUCUUGUUGGAAUUGCUGUGCCUAUUGCUCUAUUAGGAAAUAAUACAUUUUCUUUAGUCGGAGUAGCAAUAUCUACAUCACUUCUACCACCCUCCGUUAAUGCGGGUCUGUUGUGGGCAUUUUCAGUGAGGAGUAUCAAUCAAGAUUCUUUUAAUACCUUAAAUUUACAUUAUUCAUCUACAAGAUCUAUUGAUUUUGCUAUUAAAGGUGCAAUAAGCAUGUGUGUAACAUUCAUCAAUAUAAUAUGUAUAUUUGCAUGUGGCAUUGUCAUAUUAAAAAUAAAAGCUGUUACACCAAAACAAAGUAAACAGUCUACAGCAUUAAUCAAUGAAUAUUUAAAUGUGUUGAAAGAAAUAAACUUAGAAUUCCCUCAAGAAGAAGCUAAUUAUCUUACACUAAAGUUAAAAGAGGAAUAUUCAAUUUUUGGGUUAUCUCCGAGUACUGUAAAAGCUAGAGGGCUUUGUAGUGUCACUCCUGGGUAUAACCCUUUUGAUUUAUCUUUCAUUACUUGGUCGCCCGGGUAUAGAAGACAGCAUGACCUAAAAUCAUUUUCAAAUACUCCGACGGAUAUUAGAACAUCCAAGUUAUUAAAGAAUAAAAUAAAAAAUCCAGAUCUUUGCUGUAGUGAAACUUCACCAGGAUCACUUACAGCUGUUUUUAGAUCUCCAGUGGAAAAUUAUCAGACUACCAUCACUACAGAUAAUAAUACACCUUCAACAUCAAGACGGUUUACUAUAACUCCUGUAACGUUAAAAAAUACUUCAAAUUCUAAAAAAUAGUACUAUUUAAUACAUUUAUGUGUUUUUUGGAUUUUCUG